AAUGUGUUUCAUGUGCUACCUUCUUCAUGAACGUGGAUCUUCUUAUUCAAUCCUAUUAUGCAUCAAUUGCGCUGAUGCGGUGGGCGUGGGCGUCCCGAUUUAAUACUGCGUCAAGUUUCAGGGCCUAGUUCAUAUCAAGUGACUUGCUGUAUUCUUGAUCGGCACGGUUAUCCAUGGAGCCGUACAGUUAUCCAUGGAGCCGCACGACAAGCGCCCAACUGUGAGACCUCGGUCGGUGAUGCAUACCCCGCGUUAUAUAACGAGGCACCAAGAUGAUCGAAACUCGCACUCGCACACUGAUACCAUCCCACACAUCAGUUUUAUCUGAUCUAUCAUCUGUUCUAUCAUGUCAUCAAGUUGGACACCGGAUGAAUCUCCCGGGACACUUCUCGCAGAGAAAGGUUGGUUACAGGGUACAGUUGUCAGCGCCGUCGCCUACGGCAUUGACGUCGCCCUGUACUGCAUGUGCUUCCACCUCCUUUUCCGACAGAUGACCCGCACAAAUUACAAAAAACACCUGCCCCUACUCCUGUACAUCACCGUGACUUUCAUCCUCAGCACCUUGUUCAUGGCAACACUGGCCGAAUUUACGCAACUCGCAUUCAUUCAAGAUCGCAAUUACCCAGGUGGUCCAAACGCAUUUGAGAAUAACAUGUUUGCCAUUCCUAUAGACAAUCUUGGAAACGUCAGUGGCUUAAUAACAAUGAUCCUUUCAGAUGGAUUGGUCGUCUGGCGCUGCAUGGUAAUUUACCGAGGGUGCAGGGUGCCACUGUGGAUCGUCAUGGUGUUCCCUAGUCUGAUAUUCCUUGCAUCCGUCGGUCUUGGAAUAAUGUGGAUACUUCAAGUAACCACCACAUCCCCAUAUUUUUCCUCGACCAACAUCAACUAUACCGUCCCCUAUCUGAGCGUCUCGCUCGCACUGAACAUCAUCAUCACGAUCAUUAUCGUACUUCGUCUCCUCACAUAUCGUUAUCGCAUUUCCAGAGUUCUCGGCUCCAGCUACGGCACUCAAUACACGUCGAUUGCCGCGAUGAUCAUUGAAUCCGCAGCCCUUUAUUCUGCGUUUUCAGUGGCAUUUCUGACACUCUUCCUCCUGAAUAAUCCUAUCUCUGAGACAUUUAUUGAGUCGCUGACUCAGGUUCAGAUAAUUGCGAUGCUGCUCAUAGUUUUCAGAGUUGCGCAAGGAAAGGGUUGGUCUCAGGACACCGCGAGCAAGGUGAUGACCUCGAGGCCAUCAGUGCAACCCAUCCGCAUGGGUGAUUUCAGAUCCGGUUCACGGGACGCCUCAAAAGCGUUCGCCGAUUCCAGUAUCACAGUGACGCAUGAGACCUACAAGAUUGGCGACGGCGACUGGCUGGAGAGAGUGAACGUGGCUGCGGUCAAGUAAAUGGACCUUGGGCUUGGGUUGCUCGCGCUCC